AAAGAGUGUGCUAUUGUUUUGGUCUAGUGUACUUCCUGUAUUUAAAAGGAAAUCAGAAUGAAAGCCAUAGUAGUCAUCACCAUAUUCGUCAUCAGCGUCACCACAAAUGAUGCCUUUCGUGCGUACAAUGAGACUGAAGUCGAUUUAAAUGAUGAACGUGCAAUGGGUGGGUACAUCAGAAAUGUCAUCGCUGACAUGGCCCAGUCCAUUAAAGAUGCUGGGUUUGAUCCUUUUUACAUCGAGAGACAAGAAUAUAUCUACCAGCUGCCUGUGCCAGUGGUCUUCAAAAACGUCAUUUUAAUCGAACAAUUACUGAGCAAUGGAAUCAGCAACAUCGUGGUUAACUCUGUCAACUACAGUCUGCUCGCUUCUCGACUCACCUUUGAUAUCGAACUGCCACUCAUUGAUAUGGGUGUUGAUGCUGGCUCAGUUGAAACCACUGUUUUCGGGAGAAACUUUACAAUGAAUUCGUCGGGAAAGGUGGCCAUUCAGCGUAUGCGCUUCGUGGGUCAGAUUCGUUUUAUAGUGAACUUAAUUCCGAAGCUCAGCAUCACUGCUCGCAGCUCGAAGAUUGCCUUUACUAUGGACGGGAUCGAAUCCGAUGUAAAGGUCGUUGUUCAAAAUGAGGAUUAUUCUGAUAAAAUGAACGAGUUCCUGGGUACUACUGUGCCAGCUACCUUCAAGGAAUACAGUUCUGAGAUCAACGAACUCCUGGAGAUCCUGUCGGUGGAGUACAUCAACAAUUAUUUGCAGGCACAGCAGAACAAUUAGAUCGUUUCUAAACGAGAGGAAAUAAUACCUAUUUCUUAAAGAUUGUCUAUACACCGUCACACGUAUACUAAGUUUUAAUA